UUUUUCUAUCAAAAUGCAACCGUGGCCUUAGUAUUAUAAAAGGACUGGCGAUAUGUGCAAGAAUUUCUGAGGUAAACGUUAUUUUUUAACCUGUUUUCGAUGAUUAAAGUUGGUCAUGUGGCAACGUGAUGACUCAAGGCCGAUUCUGUUUACAACUUUCAAACUAAAAAAUCUGGAUUUCCCAUGGUUCGAUUUUCGUAAUUUGUGCAAAAAAAUUCAAGACAAAUGUCUAAACUAAAAAUCUGCUGGAGGGAUCCCCGAGAUCCGCUGCAGAUUUCGAGAUAUUUGGCAUUGAAGUGACCAUACUCAUUUCAACCUUUGCCAAAGUGGCGUCUAAAUAUCUGGGGAAGGUAUUGCCACAGAGGAAGUAUAUAUAUUUUUACUCUUUGGUAUUGUGCCACCAAAGCUUGGUUUUCACAAUGAAUUUUGAAAGUUCCCUAAUAUUAGGAUAAUUUUUCUUUACAGUAAGUGUUUAACUACUUUUGAAAGACUAUUUAGAAAACUUUGGGAGUUAUUUGCCUGUUUUUACAGAUUUGUAGUAACAAUGCAUUAAAUUAAUACAGUUAUCGUGUUAAUAAUUUUACAGUCAAAUUUCCGUUUUGUUGUUUUUAUUCUUGUACUGUAUAAAUUUUACAUAAAAUACACUGAACAAAGUUAUGGCGCCAUUUGAUCCUAUUGUGUGUGUAUAUGUACUGUGUCACUGUGAUACAUAUGUACAUGUUUUGAGUUAAACGAAUUGUUUAAUACAUUUUUGCUGAAAUAUCAUGCCUGUUUGUAUGGAUAGAUUUUACAUAUAUGUGACUGCAUACAAUAGUUAGAUAUUUUUCAAUUUUCAUCUGUAAAAUAUUGCCAUAUUUGUGUGUUGUUCUAGUAUUACUGUAAAUGGUGACACACUUUUGCAUUGGAUUGCUAAUUUUAGAGAUUACAGUGUAUGUAUAAAAUAAUAAAAUAGAAAAUUUCUUGUUAUGAUUUUGUAGAUGGUCAUGAUGGAUAUGGUAAUGAACUAAUGAAGGUGAUAAGGCAGAAAGUGAUGACCAGUUAAGUUAUGAGGAUUAAAGUGACGAGGAUGAAAUCACCCAUACUGUACCAUUCAAGUGAAUCGGUGCUGCUCAUGAGAAAAAUUACCGACAUCAUUUGGAACAGGCAUGCCUUGCUCGUCAUGGACAAGAUAAACCAAUGAAUGUAAGAAUACAGUCAGAGCCAUUGAAUCCAAUGGACCCAAGUGCAAUUGAUGUAGACUAUGGAACUGGAUGGACACAUGUGAUGUUGGCUAUAUUGCUUCUGAAUUAUGCAAGUAUUUGCACCCACUAAUUGCCGCAGGAGAUAUCUUAGAGGUCUAUGUUCAGUAUAUAAAGUAUAGGGUUGACUUUUUUUUAAAUAGGAUUUUAUCUAAAAUUUUUCAUAAAGUGACAUGAUCAGUGGCCAGAGUGGGAGACUCAAGUGGUAAGGAGGAGCAUGAGUGUAUGUUGACAGAUGUUUGUGAUAUAAUAGUAACUGACUAGGUUUAGCAAGUUAUACAGUAGAAAUGAUGUUAUUUAAAUUGUCAUUUUGGCCAACUUUUUAGAUUUUUUCAACAUUUUUACCUUUCACUUUAUCGCCAAACAAAAAUAAUUUAAUUUACUGUUGAUGCAAUGGAAGUGUUGAUAAAAUAUUGCAUGAAUUCAUUUCGUCAAGUUGAUAAAUUCAUACGAAUUCUAAUUUCUUUUUACUUCCUGUGUGUUUCCUAUUGGUCAAUCGGUUCUGAAACGAAAUCUAAUUGGCUCAUUUAAAAGUAACAGGAAGUUUAUCAAUUUUCUAUCAAAUGAAUUGAUGAACUUGAGGAAGGAAUUGGUGCAAUAUUUUAUCAACACUUCCAUUGCAUUGACAGUAAGCAGGUGGGUAUCUAUAAGAAAACAAUAUCUGUCAUGUGCACUUGUGCAACUCCCUCAAAAAUAGCAAUAUUGGGUUUUUUUUAAAAAUAAUAAUUUAUUAUUAGGACACCAAUAUGGUUCUCAUUAAAAAACCAUGUGCUAUAAAUAAAUGCAUCUACCUAUUUCGAGACUGAAUAUAAUUUAUUUUGUCAAGCCAUUUGAAAUUGCUGUGACUUUGUGUAACUGGCCUUUUGCAGGAAUUAAACCUAAACCCUAAAGCACCAAGUGACCCAUCCCCAACAAUAAAAUUACAUCUUACUGUCAAUUUCAAUUUGUCUUUGAAAUCUGACCACCAAUGUUUAUUUGUAUGUUCGGAAUGAAUGUUGUAAAGUUUGACUGCAGGUCGUUUUAAAUACCAACCUAAUUUUGUGAUACUCUUUCAAGCUGUGAUGAAAUUUUUGUAUAGACUUGUUGAGAUCUAAAUUUUAGUCAAAAGGUGAAAGGUUAGUGAAAAGCCACCUUAAGUAGGGGACUCCACGGAGAUUCGUUUGGCUGUAUCUUACAUGCGGUUGGCCUCCUCCGCAAGCAUCUCUUAAUCGUCGAGAACUUAUAUAAUUUAGUUAUUCAAAUAACUGAAUCAGAGUGAUGUUUUUAUUGGGUUACCUUCUAGGUAAGCCCAUGAGAUUAUAGGUAAGCCCAUGAGAUGCCUGCGGAGGAGGCUAACAUGCAGUAUCCAUGAGUAUGAGUACUUCCGCACACCGGAAGACGCAUUCGCAUGUUGUGGUGUGCAUGUGAAGUGGCGACAAUAACAAAAAAAUGUAAACAAUACUUAAGGUGGCUUUUCGACUGAAAAAUGACUGUAGGGUCCCUUUAAUAGCGAUUUACAUAUGAAUAAUUGGCCAUGCUUUCAAAAUGUAUAUAUUAAUAAAACACAAAAGUAUCUUUCAAAUAUGCUGGGUCUUUACUACUUUUUAAUACGAAAAGUGAUCAAAAAUCAGAUUAUUGAAAUUAGGAAGAGUUGCUCUUUCAAAUGAUACCAAGAAAACAAGAAGGACCCCAGAAACCAACGAGAAAUCAUGUUUUGAAAAUGGGAUGUUUUUGUCAUAUUCAUGCCGCUAAUGUAAAAUAUAUAAAUAAACUAGCCGAAUAAUAUAUGACGUAAUAAAACAGACAAUAAAUGCAAAAUAACAGUGAUUUUUAUUUAGUGUAAGUCAGUGACAAAAAAUGUUCGAAGUCAAGUUUAGUCAUUCAGAAUAUGUAAAUUAAUAUCUUGACAGACUUGACUAGUAUAUAUUAAUUAUUUUAAUAGUGUAUAAACAAAUAUAUGCUUGUUUAUGGCCAUUCUUUUAGUGUCCACACCUCCCUGUUGACAAUGUUACUGAUUUUAGACCCCUUCGGAAAUGGUUUUCCAGAAGAACCCCUCGGAAAUUUUCUUAGAAAUGUUUUACAAUUUUUCUCAAGCCCCUCGGAAAUAACUGUUGACAUUGUUCCAUUACGAUAGACCCCCUCGGAAAUUUUCGGGAAUUUAUUCACCUCCCUCAGAAAUUUUCAGGAAUUUAUUGACCACCCCCUCGGAAAUUUUCGUCAACAGGUAUACCUUCCUUCUCCCCACCCCCGGAAAUUAAAAAAAAACUGACCCCAGAUAUUUCCCUUUUUAUACAACCCCCCUUGGAAAUUUCAACUGACACCCCGUCAGAAUUUCAGAUCCCCUUCGGAAAUCUAGUCAAUGCGGAUAUUAAAUGGAAUUGCCCUUAAAGUGCUACUGCAACGAAUUUUUCGACCUCAUUUUUUUAGCUUAAUCAAAAGUGCUUUCCUUCCUAACCUGUACCACAAACAGAAUGAAAUUGGAAUUGGUCAAUUCAAACCGAUUUUAUAGCCUUCCAAAGUGGCCAUUUUUUGCACGUCCUGUGCGAACUUUUGAUCGGCCAUUUGAUGCUAUGUGACGUCAUAAGAUUUCGUCACCAUUGUUUGAUUGCUCCAACACAGUCACAGAUGGUAUUUGCCUAUCUGCAGCGGCAUUAAAUUCAUUAAUCUCUCUAUCACUUCGUCUAGUGAAGCUGUAUAAUAGCUGAUAGGCAACUGGUUCAUUGUCGUAUUUGAAAGCCGACUUAACCGAGUCCAUACUCAUUGGCUUCUAGAUGCAGUACUGACCCUAUUAUUUGAGUCUCUAUCAAACCGUCAUUCAGCCGUCAAAUAAACAAUAAGAUAUAGCACUUGUUCUUCGAUUUUUAAAUGCGCCAUAAGGCCACAUAAAAUAUAUUCCUUGAUUCUUAUCACCGCCCGACUGUAUUUUAAGGGACCAGUCAUUAUUAAUGCCGGGUAGGGGGCCGGAGGAAAUUUAGAGAGGCCACAAAAAAUUUUUGACCAGUGAAGGGGGGGGGGGAGAAAAUAUUUUGAACAUAAAAGGGGGGGGGCAAAAAAUAAAAUCUAUGGAAUAGUUUGUAACAUGUAAUAUCAAAAGAGUAAUGGAUAUAUACAAUAUACAGUAUACAUACAUACAUUGAACAGUAAUGCCCAAUAUAUUGAACCUAAAAGUUGUGUUCUAGCUACUGUAUAUGGAAAUUGUCAUCCUCAUCAUCACCGUAGAAUUUGUCCGAAGGUCAUGCACUGCAUUUGCAAAUGCAAUUACAUUAAAUUGACAGUUGUUGUCCUGUUUUACACUUUUUAACACAGUGGACCUCUUUGGCAUGUUCUGUCUCUGCAUGUUGUUGACAGUCUGUUCUGCCAUCUCUUCUAAUGCUUCCACCAGACACAAAUGUUUUUUUAUCAAUUAGUAAAAGACUAGGCCUGAUGUGUGAUUUUUUUGUUUGAGGGCCUUCGUCUAUUGUGAAACUAAAGUCACUCCUGUCCACCUCAGGGCCUUUUUUAACAUACAAGCCCAGUCCCCCCUUGUGCCCCCCCCCACGAAAUCACAUCCCCCCCCCCAGGAAAAGUCCCUUUUUCCUAAAAUUAUAACAAACAAUCCAGCGAAGAUUAACAAAUAGAUAAACGGAAAGUAAGUUUUAGGCUUUAUCCUCUGUUCUUGUUUAACAAAAUCGAUUUAAAUUGUUACUUUUUUUACCACUAAGCCAUGAUUGUUAAUAUUUUUUUAUCUUUUGGAUGCUCAGAAUGCAUGAAAUUUCACGGUUUCAAAUUUCAAAAAUUUUCUUGGGAUUAUCCCUCUAAUAAGUAAUGAUAAAUUACAGUUAAUAUUCUUUUUUACUUUUUGUGCAUUUUUCCAUCUUUUAUUUUAAAUACAACUAUAGUUAGCAUAAAUUUUAGAGCAAAUUUGGAUGCUCAGAAUGCAGGAAAUGGCAUUAAUUCCGUGGUUCAAAUUUCAAAAAUUUUCUGGGGGAGUACACCCCCAUACACCUGACCAUUGCUAUCCUCUAAUAAGUAAUCAUAAAUGAUGGUUAAUUUUUUUUUACUUUUUGUGCGUUUCUUCCUUUAUUUAUUUCAAAUACAAGUAUAGUUAGGAUAAAUUUUGGAGCAAAUUUGGAUGCUCAGAAUGCAGGAAAUGACAUUUCCGUGGUAUAUUUACCACACACGUGGCUUUCAGCCAUUGCUAUCCCCCUCUAAUAUGUUAUCUCACAGAAAGGUCCCUUUUCAAAAAAUGCCCCCCCCCCCCACGGGAAAAUCCUUAAAAAAAGGCCCUGGUCCACCUUGGCUAUCAUUUUCAAUAUUUACAAUAUUCUUUACAGCUGCAAGUAAACUGAGUAUGAGGGCAGGAAAAAUGCUUACGAAACUGACUUACAUUCAUUGAAUUCAGAAUUGCGGGGGGGAAGGGGGGCUAUGAAAUAUGUUGCCUCAAAAAGGGGGGGGGAUAAAAUGAUUUUGUUAGAAAAAUAAGGGGUCAUGAAAAAUUUUUGCUAUUCAUAAAAAUUUCCUCCGGCCCCCUACCCGGCAUUAAUAAUGACUUGUCCCUAAGGCUAAAAGCCGCGUGAAAAUUUUUUAUAUUUUGUUAUACAAUAUAAAUGUACCGCCCGACAAAAUAUUUCAAGACAGUUGGGUUUUUAGUGCCAUUUUAAACUGCCAAUUUCAAACAAAAAGAACCUUGGAAGAAAUUUCAUUGCAUUUUAAAGGAACUUCGCAUUCAGUUCAAGGGUUCAGUCAUUAAAAUACAAAACAAGUGAAACUCCAAAAAUCGAUAACGUGAUUUUUAUUUAUCUACGUUUCGACUAUAUUUCAGUAGUACUAUUACUAUUUAAUAUCUUUUACUAUUACUUUUACUAUUACUAUUUAAUAUCUUUUUUAUUAUCUAUUUUUUUUUAUUUAUUUAUUUUAUUUUUUAUUUUUUUUACUUUUACUAUUUUUUACUAGUUUAUCCUGAUGAUGACUGAAAUAUAGUCGAAACGUAGAUAAAUAAAAAUGUUAUCGAUUUUUGGAGUUUCACUUGUUUUGUAUUUUAUUAACUGAAUACUCAGUGGUUCUAAAAAUGUUCAGUCAUUGUUCGUGGAGAAAUAUGUUUAUUUCGGUUUGUCACACUUCUCUUUGGAAAUCACAGAAAUAUUAAAUGUUAGGAAUUACUUUUAUUUAUUGAUAUAUAAAUUAUAUAAAUAUAAAAUAUAAACCUCCCGCCUCUUCGACAUUUUCAAAGUGUAGUGAUGAGAAUCAAGGAAUUUAUUUUAUGUGGCCUAAACAAGUGAAAUAGACAAAAAUUCCACUGCAACCUGUUGACGCGCCAUAUACUGUAAUUUACUACAAAUACAACCUUCAUAUCUUCGUUUCUGUUCAUCUUAUGACACAAUCUCGUUCCCAGAGUAUGCCUGUUCGCGAGUUAGGUAGUGGCAUGACUCUGAGGAAAUCGAAUUUUUUUUAUCCAAAAUGAGAUAAAUGGCGCAUGCGCUUUUAUUGCUUAUGUUUGUUCCGCUUACUAAAUUCGCGUGGGCACACGCUCACAAUCGAUAUAUUUUGUUGAACAGAUUCUCAUCAGAAUAUAGUAUACAAAAUGGUUUUUUAUACGUUUAAAGGUGCUUUAAAUCGCACAACUAUUAAAUUAUAUUCAAUGGCAAAUAUUGAAAGAGCUAUUAAAGCAGCUAAAUUGCAGAAUACCCGUCCACUAGUAAUAAUAUAUCAUGCAGCUACCAUUUCACUGGUACGCGGAUACGUGAUCCGAACUUAAGCAAGGAAAAUUGUCAGCGGAGAACAUCAAUAGAUUAAAUUCUCAUGACGUGCAGUAUAAUUGAAAAUGACGUAAUGAUAAGAUAGAUGUACGUAGUAUUUAUUGGAUACGCGGAUACGUGGCUACGAAGUUAGACGAUGCGUAUAAACUACGACAAUAAAUACCAUAUCUUAUAAUUGCCUCGUUCUUUAAAAACCUCAUUCCACUUAUAAACACGAUGCAUAUAAACUACGACAAUGUAUAAAAACUACGACAAUGAUACCACAUCUUAUUGCCUCGUUCUUUAAAAACCUAAUUCCACUAAUGCAUAUAAACUACGACAAUGUAUAAACUGCGACAAUAAUACCACAUCUUAUUGCCUCGUUCUUUAAAAACGAUGCGUAUAAACUACGACAAUAAAUACCAUAUCUUAUAAUUAUUGCCUCGUUCUUUAAAACCUCAUUCCACUUAUAAACAUGAUGCAUAUAAACUACGACAAUGUAUACUAAACUACGACAAUAAUACCAUAUCUUAUUGCCUCGUUCUUUAAAAACCUAAUUCCAAUAUAAACACGAAAGAUGCAUAUAAACUACGACAAUAAUAAGAUAUCUUCUUAUUAAGAUAUCUUCUUAUCAACUUAUAUACACGAACGAUGUCCAUGCAUAUAAACUUAUAAACACGAACGAUGCGUAUAAACUACAACAACACUGAAAUUUAACACCAUGCACACAAAUCUAUAUAUUACUGUAUUUGCUUUUUAUAUUUUAAAACCAAUUUCAGAAUAUAACAUAUUUUAGCUUAUUUUCAACUAUAUCACAUAUUUUACAACACUUCAAAAGUUCACAAUAACUUUUUUUAACAUCCCAAAGAAACAUUGAAAACAAGUCUUUUCCCUUAAGUUCGUAACGCCACAAAAACUCAGCUAAGUAAGAAGAAAACGCAAUCUUUCGAACACCAAACGAUGGCAUUUUGCAUUUGGCCUGCCUCCAGUGCCUUUCAAUUUUGUUCGUAUGAUCUCCAUCAUUGUUAACAAACUCUUUGGAAUGGUUCACUAAGCGAUGUUCAUACCCAUGUUUUUCUAAGUUUAUAUACGCUUUCCAACAGUCUGAUACUAUGAUUGAGCCUUUCGCAAUAUGCCUUCCAAUUAUCGGUAAUAACGUGGACUCGUCUCUUUUUUCCACGGCUAUACCAUAAAACUUCGUCUUGACUCCUCCCCGAUUCCCCCAAAGACCCACUGACCUUCCACACGAUGUCCACGAUGAUACUUUCUCUUUCCAAAUUUGCUUUCGUCAAUCUGCACAAUCUUGCCAGGACCGCCACGCCAAUUGGAUGUUCGCGUUCCAUAAGUGUAACUUCGCACGUUUCUCGACAAAAGCUAUCCCAGUCAACUGCUGUAUGAGCGGCAAUAUUCAACUCAUGUCGUAUUUCGUCUUGUCUCACAUCACGAUUCACGGCACCACCAAUAAGUAAACUUCUUCAAGGGUCAUGUUGCUUUUUUCAAACCAGCUGCCUUUCCGAAUUGAUAUCUCGAUCUUGUGCCUCUUGCCAUUCACGCUUUUACGGCAUUCCCAUUUGUACUUAUCAGAGCGGUCAUCGCAUUUAACAAGUUUCAUGGGAAGGUCACAGUGACAGCAGAGUCUACUUUUUGCAAUUAGUCCUUCAUCCAUACACCAUUGUAUGAUUUCCUCUUUGCUUCUGAGAACUUCGUCUCUUAAACGAUCAUACGUCCAGUGUUUCAACUUUUCCUCACGAUUGUAACUGUCAUGUUUUUCUCCGCCACACUGUGUACCCACGCUUUUCACUUCCAAAGAUGAAAUCACUGUUUGCGUUUCGGUGUUUUUCUUCCACGUUUUGGUAGAUUUAACGCACACUUGAACCGCCUUCUCCAUAUGAAAAUUCAAACAAUAUUUUAUUGAGUAUAGCAGUCUCUUUAAAACCAUGCAAGUGUCAUCUAUUGUCAUAUGUAACUCUGAUGAUAUGUAAUGACACUAAAAUGCCCAUUACUUUUGAGAUAAAUGCAUUAACAGACAUAUCACGCAUAUCAUAUUGCAAAUUUUUGCGUCUCAACUAAAAAUAUUCACAGACCUGUCACCAUAACAGCUUUGACUCUUUAACGGUUCACUUAUACGUAUAUACAGCAAUUUCGAUAAUCGAUAUGGCAACGAAAAAUCCUCUCACAAAAAUUGCUCGGCAACACGAAGUCACAUGGACGCAGCUGCAGAAAAGAAAGCAGAUGUCCCGUACAUUUUCCAACAACUUUUUCCUGAUGAUAUGGAGACCUUUCUACGCCACAAAGCUUCGUCCAUCAAUAGCUCCAUUGGAUACAUCGUACCUGCCCUGCUUUCAACAACAGCUUUGUCAGCGAAAAAUGGUUGCAGAGUUGCCACUGCUACUCACGAGCAACCGAUGAACAUUUACACGAUAUUUGUCGGUUACCCCGGCACUGGAAAAUCGUCAGCAAUUCAACACGGUUGUUUGGGACCCCUUGCAUCUUUGUUGGACAACGAAUUGAGCAGCUUCAUUCUUGACAGACAUAAUUCCUCCAGCUUGGUUAAACACAUUUCAACGAAGCAAUCAACCUUCAUUGUCUCUCCUGAAAUCUAUGACGUCCUCAAUAAACUGCUCAAAAAUGAUGAAGACAACGCGAGCGGUGACGCGAGUUACUAUGUACACUUUUUUCCGGCGAAGCGUGUUCUUACACAUACUCCACAGAAAGCAACCGAGAUAUUCCAGCCAACACUCCUUUCGCUAUCCUCGGCUGCACGCAAAUGCCAAAUGCAGCCGAGCAACUUGCAACUAAUCGCAAGAAUGGACCAAGGACAAGGCUUGAUCGACCGCUUUCUGCUAGCUGUACCAAAUGCUCUUUGCUCAACAUCAGACGAAGUUGAAAACGCAAGAGAACACCUCAGUACUGAACCUGAAGAGUGAAGAUUUCCUUAAUCAAGUUUUCCACUACAUCAACGAGUGCCAACAAAAUAAAAAAAAUGCUUAUGAGUUCCACGAUGAAGCUAAGCAAUUCCUGAAGAACAAAAAGGACGUCUUCGUCGCGGAAGUCAAUGAAGCAAUACAGAACGGUUCUGUCAUCCCACCCAAAUCAGCUGCACUCCAUGUAUUCA